GUUGGGUCACACUCGACUGCCGGAGGUCAUCUUUAUACACUGAGAGAGAAGAACAGAAGAAGAAGAAGGUGAGACAGGAGGAACAAAUAAAAAAGAGGCUAAAGAAAGAGAGCGAGGUCGAGCUGAAAUCCUCAAGAGUGUCGCCCUGCUGAUCAUCCUAAAGACCUGAAGAACGUGCUGCUAAGAGGUUUGCCAUGGCAACUAAAACAGUAGUGCAGCGCUGCCAGGAGGAACAGAUGGACCAGAUGUCCCACAGCAUGGAGAUGUCCUCCCAGAUCAAGAAGAAAAAGUUCACAUCCAGUGAUGAAACACCUUCACUCAGUGAGUUUUAUCCCAUCAUCUCCGGUGACGUCAUGUCUGUGAAGGAGAUCCUGACUGAUGCAAAGUUUCCACGCCACAGGACAUGGGAGGCUCUGAAGGAGACCAGCGUUGAGCUGAGGGAGAGAGAUCAGUGGACUCGGUUCGGUAAUGAGAUGGAGAAACUGGAGAUCGGAGUGAUCAGGAACCAGCAUAUUAUUCGUGAGCGGGUGGAUCACAUCGCUCUGCGCAAAGAGGCACAGAGGAAAGCUUCAGUGAACAUGAAGUUCAUCGAGGAUCUGAGCCUGAAGUCUCCUGACUUCUCCAUCCCGCUGCGGCCGCACACCGUGUGGACGGGCAUGGAUGUCAAUCUCUCCUGCAGCGUUCAGGGCUGCCCGACUCCCAGCGUCACAUGGUAUAAAGAUGGUGUACCUCUGGAAGGAUCCCUGCCGUGGAACUACAAGCUCGUGCAGAAGUUUGGCCUGAACAUCUUGGAGAUCAGGAGAUGUUGUCUUGAUGAUGCUGGUGAAUACAAAGUUGUUGUGAAAAGUUCUCUGGGAGAAGCCACAUCAUGUGCCACGCUUACAGUCAAUUCACAUGAAGGGGCCGAGGCCAAACUGCAGCGCUCCUUGACUACAGUUGUAGCUCCAGAGCCAGAAGCUCAGUUGGGCUCCGUCUUUCCUCCAACAUUCGUGAAAGAGGGUGAAGAUCUCCAUCUGCAGUGCAGUUUUACUUCAAUGUUGCUGAUGUUCCAGCAGGAUGUGAUGUGGUUCAGAGAUGGUAAAGCACUGCAGCGUUGCAGUCGGGUUGAGAUUCAGACGGACCUGCGAUCCUCGAGUCUCACCCUGAAAUGGGUUCAGAAAGAGCAUGAGGGACUUUACAGCAUUCGUCUUCGCACAUGGGAUGGAUCCGUCGAGCACAGUGCAUUUGUCUAUGUCAAAGAUGCAUCAGCCGUUGUAGUUGGUGCUCCAGGUUCUCCUCUGCAGGUGAAAUGUUCAGAUGUAAACAGAGAUUAUGUCUUCCUCUCAUGGAUGCCACCCAGUGCGGACGGACCUUCACCCGUUCAGGGUUAUUUUAUAGAGAGGUGUGAAAUAGCCGUUGGGAAGUGGGAGCGUUGUAAUGAUGUCGUGCAGAUGGUGUGUCAGUAUCCUGUGAUGGGUUUGAAGGAAAACACAAUGUACCAGUUCAGAGUUUGUGCAGUCAAUCAGGCAGGAGUGGGUCGUGCAUCUAAACCCACUGAACCCAUCUUGACCUCUGACCCACUGGAGCCCAGCAGGACUAUGGUGGUGAAGGUGGACCGAGGCAGAGAGAUUGUGAUCACUAAAGAUCAGCUGGAGGGUGAGAACAUCUCUGGUCAAAUCCGAGUGCCAUUUCCCCCCACCGACGUGGAAGUUUGCGAGCUUAGCGACACCUACGCUGUGCUGAGCUGGACCGAACCGGACCCAAGAGGCAGAGAACCUCUCACCUACUUCGUGGAGCGGUCUCUAGCAGGUAAAGAGAGCUGGCACCUGGCCAGUAUGGAUCAGACCGUUCUCUCCACGAGAUUUGCUGCGUUUGACCAGCAGAAGGGGAAGUCGUACUGUUACCGUGUUCGAUCUGUCAACAAGUUUGGCAUUAGUGAGCCGUCACUGCCCAGUGCACCUGUUUUACUGGGAAAACCAAUGGGAGUUCCAGCCCGCCCGCAUGACAUCGUCCCUAUCCGAGAAGGUAACAACUCAGUCCUGCUUCAAUGGAAAGAGCCCAAAAUCACAGAGAGAAUUCUGGGAUACUACCUGUACUGCAGUGAGGUUGGAAGUGGACAGUGGAGGACCAUCAACAAUAAGCCCAUCACCAAUACCAGAUUCACAGUGGACGGACUGACGACUAAUAAACAGUAUAUUUUCCGUCUGAAGUCUGUGGGAUUGGCUGGAAAUAGCAUCUACUCGGACGAAUCUCCUGCUGUUCGAGUCAAAUCAGCUAAAUAUGUUCCUUCCUGUCCAUCAGCCAUCACUGUACUGCACUGCACAGGAGAUGAGAUGCUGAUUGGCUGGAGAGCCCCUGCCAAUCACGGAGGAGAUCCUGUGCGCGGAUACUACCUGGACCAGAGGCAGAAAUCCCAGGACACCUGGAGAGAGGUCAACGUCAAGCCCGUUACAGACAGAAUGUACAAGGUUACAGGUCUACAGGAAGGCAGUUUUUAUCAGUUCAGGGUCUUCGCAGCCAAUAUCAUCGGACUUGGAAAACCUUCAGAGCCGAGUGAGAUGUUUCUGUGUGAACCGUGGACGAUGCCAGAGCCAGCAUGCCCAUAUGACCUGGAGUUCAGAGAAGUCAGAUGCAACUCUCUUGUGUUGCUAUGGGCGGAGCCUGUUUACAAGGGCCAAUCAGCAAUCAGUGGGUAUGUGGUGGAGAUCAGUCAGGGGGCGGAGUCUGAAGAUUGGACCCCUGUGACAAAAGAGCCAGUGACAGAAACUCACCUAAAGAUAUCAGGUCUGCAAGCGGGUCAGACGUAUCGUCUGCGCGUGUUUGCCAUCAACGGCGCUGGCGUCGGGAUGCCAUCGGUUCCCUCUGAGGCGGUGAAAUCAGAGACUAAAGCAGGGACCAAAGAGAUUCAGAUUGGAGUCGAUAAUGACGGCUUCAUUUUCCUGAGCUUUGAAGGUCCUGAAACAGAUGAAAGAGAUUUCUUUAAGUGGAAUAAGAACUACAGCGAUGCUAUCGAUGCUGGAAGAGCUCGUCUGGAGAACAAAAACAACAGGUCUGUUUUGACCUUCACUGACGCCUCACAGGAGGAUUUGGGUCUGUACACAGUGGAGCUGAGCGAAAACCCCGACGUCUCCUCUAGUUUCACCUUCACUGCCGAGGAUUUGGAAAGACUCACAGAGCUGAGCUGGCACAUCAGAAACCCACUAAUAGCGCUGAAGUCCGGUUGGCAGGUGGACGUGUCUGAACAGGGUCAAGUUCGUCUAUGGCUCCAGACAGAACCGCUGAGCAGCGCCGCAUCUCUCCGUCUCAUACUGAAUGACAGAGAAAUCUCCAGCACACCGGCCCGUAAGAUGAACUUUGACAAGGCAAAAGGUCUGGUAGAGAUCAUCUUUGAUCAGCUGUCCAAAGAGGACGAGGGCUCCUACACAGCACAACUUAAAGACGGCCGUGCCAAGAACCAGUUCACGUUGGUCUUUGUGGAAAAGACGUUCCAGGACGCUUUGGCCAAAUCUGACGGCAACAGAAGGAACUGGAAGAGAAAGUCAGGUCCACAUUUCCAGGAAUAUUUAUCAUGGACGGUGACACCAGACUGUGAAAUGAUCAUCAAAUGCAAGGUCAUCAACAUAAACAAAGACACAAAGAUGAAAUGGUUUAAAGAUGGAGUGGAGCUGACGCAGGCUACGAUGGAGCCGUCAGGUGUCGGUACAUUUACUGUGCCACAGGUGACAAAGAAAGAAGCAGGUGUGUACAGAGCUGUAGUGUCAGACAGUAGAGGAGAAGAUGAGAGUCGACUGGAACUACUGGAUGAUGAAUUUGACAGACUCGUGCAGAAGCUGAAUAAACAGUGUGCGCUCUCUGCUGGUCCAGUCAGAAUUCAGUGCACAGCGAAAGGCUUUAAACUCUACUGCUCUCUCAAAUAUUAUCUGAGCUAUAUGAAAACCAGCUGGCACUUCAAAGAGAAGAGAAUUGAUCAGCAGGAGCGGAUGAGUCCUGGCAGCAGUAUGCAGAAAGUUUGGAUUGAGAUUUUCAAUCCUACUGAAAACGAUAAAGGGAAAUACACGCUGGAGAUGUUUGAUGGUCAGGAAACACACAGCCGUUCUUUGGAUCUGUCUGGACAGGCUUUUGCAGAUGCUUUGUUGGAACAUCAGAGACUGAAGCAAGUGGAGUUUGCUGAGAAAAAUCAAGCCAGAGUCACGAAGGGUCUUCCUGAUGUCGUGGCUAUAAUGGAAGGAAAGUCUCUAUGUUUGACGUGUUUCACUGAUGGAGAUCCAGCACCAGAAAUGUUCUGGAUGAAGAGUGAUCGAGAGCUCGUCUCUAAUGGCCAUUACCAAAUCACACAUGAGACUCAGUCAUCUACACUCACUAUAAACCACGUCACAAUGGACGACUCCGGCAGCUACAGCAUCUACGUACGCAAUAAAUUCGGAUCUCAGACGGUUUACGUGACGGUCAGUGUGUAUAAGCACGGUGAAAAGCCUCGAGCAGAUGCAGUGGAAAUGUGAACAGAGAUAUUGUAACUCUUACAGGAAAAGUUCUUGCGGUGAUUUAUUAUCCUGUAUUAACAGUAUUAUUAGGGUUUUGGAAUAAAAUGUUGUGUCUGUGUCCCUGACUGACAGAUGUUGAACUGGUUUGUGAUUUGUUUUUUCUCCUCUUAUAGAUUAAAGUGCAAAUGAAACCA